AUGAAAUACAAGAGGAGGACGAAAUCUCAGAUUGAGUAUUUAUUAACUCUUCUCGGUCGAAAACGAACUAUUAUUGAACAAGAACUCGAUAAUAGCAAUAGUGAGUUGGAAAAUCAAGAUAUAGAUAUAAUGCAAGUCUCAUCUUGGAAUAUGGCUUACAACGAGAAUGUCAUCUCUUUCUCGCCUUAUACUUCGCUAACUACAGAGACCCAAAAGGGAACAACAGAGGAAAUUUUGGAAACGUACUCAAUGGUGCCUUCAUUGAGUUUCCGCAGAAUGGAUCAUUUGAAAUACGUGAUUAAAAAACUAACUAGUCCCAUGAUGGCAGCUUACAAGUCAUUGGAUGCAAAUCAUCCAUGGAUGAUGUAUUGGCUACUAAAUUCUAAUUGUGUUAUCAAACAAAAGACCAAAAAAUUUUCCAUCACUGAUGAGAUUCUUGAUUUGGUGAAUGACAAAAUACAAAGAUGUAUAGUUGAUAACGGGAAUGGUGGUAUAGCUGGUGGUGCUAAUCAAAUAGGUCAUGUGGCUUCAUCGUAUGCUGCUAUAUUGACACUAGUGCUUACUAAGAAUUAUAAACUACUCGAAGAAAUCAAAGAUGGAAUAUACUCUUGGCUUUUAAGUUUAAAAACUCGACAAUUGAAUGGGUUUUCAUUUAUAAUGCAUGAAAAUGGAGAAUUCGAUACAAGAUCAACAUAUUGUGUUCUUGUAAUAGCAUCUUUAUUGAAUAUUUUGACAGAUGAGCUCAUCGAAGGUGUCGAAGAAUGGAUUCUACUGUGUCAAACAUAUGAAGGUGGCUUUGGUGGUACCCCGUAUACCGAAGCCCAUGGUGGAUACACAUUUUGUGCUAUGGCCUCAUUGAUGUUGCUUAAUACCAGUGGUGACGAAAUCAAAAGAAAGAUUGAAUUUGACAAAUUUGUCCAUUGGUGUGUACAUCGCCAAACUAUAGAAGGUGGAUUUAACGGGAGAAGCAAUAAAUUGGUAGAUGCAUGCUAUUGUUUUUGGAUUGGUGCUUUAUUUCCAAUGAUUGAUAUAUUACAGAAAGAUUCAAAGAAUGGCGUUGCUGUCGCUGCCGCUCGUGAUGUUUUUGAUAAAGAAGCAAUGAUGAACUAUUUGUUAAGAGUUGCCCAGGUUGAAGAUGGUAAAGGUGGAUUUAGAGAUAAACCAGGUACAAAUGCCGAUUUUUAUCAUACAAAUUAUAGUCUAUGUGGAUUAAGUUUAUUUGAGCAUGAAUAUUUGUUAAAGGAGAGCGACGAGUUUGAGAAGUUGGCAUUUAGAUUUGAAUGCAACAGAGGUGAUAAUGAUAAUGACGAUGACGAUGACGAUGACGAGAUUGGUCAAUAUACUCAUUCAAUAAAUCCCGUUUUCGGAGUUCCCAUAAAGUUUCUUAUGGAUUGUCAAAAUCAUUUCAAAAAAUAG